AUGGUCCAAUCCCUAACCCUAAUUUCCCCAACUUCCUUCCCCUUUUCCGUUCAUAACUCCUCUUCCUCCGCCGCGUUUGGAGAUCACGUCCGUGUUUCGUACACCGUGAAGAGUACUAAGAGAUUGUCGAUAUGUGCUGCCGUCGUUGCCGAGGCUCCGCCGGCGUUGGAGAGGACAAGACCGGCGAGUCUCUAUGAGGUGUUAAGGGUUAAAAGAGACGCUUCAGCGAAAGAGAUUAAGGUUGCUUACCGGAAUUUGGCUAAACUGUACCAUCCCGAUGCUGCUUCUCUGCCGGAGGAAUCCUCCAACGACCGGAAUUUCAUUGAAAUUCACGAUGCUUAUGCCACGCUCUCUGAUCCUUCUGCCAGGGCGCUGUACGACCUCAAGUUAAGCGUAGUCUCUCGCCGGCGAGAUUUUGGGCACUCUUCCGAUGGAUUUCGCAUCAAUAGGUCGGAGUUUUAUCCGACCCGGAGAUGGGAAACGGAUCAAUGCUGGUGA